AUGGCCCCAGGUCGCGAAGACGGCGGAGAGCCCCGCCAAGAGAACCCUUCAGAUUCUUCGCCGGAUGCAGGGAACCGCCAUGCAAGCCGCGCAAGUCCCACAAUGGGGGACCACGGGAGCUGCGGAGAGACCGGCGGGGCAGGGAGGGGGGGGCGGAAGCCGUUUUACGGCCGGGGGAAGGGCAAGGCGAGACCUGGCAGCUUCGAGUCCACCGGAUUUUUUGGCAAGCUCCUCUUCACGUGGGUCAACCCGGUGAUCUCAAGGUGCAUGCGAAACAGCGUGCGCCCUGAGGACCUGCCUCCGCUGGGGGAAUCCGAUGAUGUGCGCUAUUGGUCGGCCUACAUGGCUCGCAGCCUGACGGACGAGGAAAACUUCGCGGCACAGGGCAAACGCCAGCCCUCGGUCAUCCGGGCGCUGUGGCGCGUAUUCAGGUGGAUGCUGCUCUGGAUUUUCUUCGUGUAUAUCAUUCGAGACGGCUUCGGAUUCCUCAACACCUACUUCCUCAAGAGACUCCUGCAGCAGGAUGGCGUCGACGCUGCUGGACUUCAGCGAACCUUGGUGAUUGGGUCCCUGAUUUCCGUAGUUCAACUUGUUCAGAUGUUUGUGGAGACUGCGAUUGACUUCUAUACCUGCCGCGUGUAUAUGCGCGUGGAAAUCUGCCUCCUCACGGCUCUGUUCAAGAAGGUGAUUCAGCCGGACGCCGUCGCGCCGCCCGCUGUUAUUCUGCGUGAAUCCCUUCGCGAGGAGGAGGAAGACUUGGAGGCGGAGGCCGCGGGGACGCGCGCCGGUACCCUGGCAGGGCUAGGAGAACGCACGGCCGCCGCAGGGGGGGGAGGCGAACGCAAAAAAAUGACGAACAAGCAAGACAAAGAGGCUUCGCGCGGAUUCCAAGGCAACGUCUUCAACCUCAUGUUCGUCGACAUUCCUUCUCUCGCGUCCCUCAUCUUCACCUUCGUUGACGUCGCCAUGCUCCCCGUGCGCAUCGGCUUGGCUGCCGUCAUGCUCUACAUGCAAGUCGGCGUCGCCGCGGAGGUUCCUGGGCUCAUCGCAGUCUUGGUCAUUACGGUGGUGACUACGGGACUGGAAAUCAUCAACGCGAGCAUGAAGACAAAGUACAUGAUCUUUCGGGACAUUCGCUUGGAUAAAAGCCACGAGGCGCUCUCAUGCAUGCGGACGCUGCGCCUGCUCGGCUGGGAGGACAUUGCAGAGUUCAACAUCAAGCGCUUCCGAGACCUCGAGAUGCAGCAACGAACCCGGCGCAUGUACAUCUCCGCCGCCUCGACGUGGCUCAGCUCUUCCGCAGCAAUGGCGAUGUCUGUUGCAACCUUCAUCGCCUACGCGUUGCCCUUCAUCAAUGCUCCGAGGUUUCGCCUGCGCCCCGAGCUAGCGAUUCCCGUGAUUCAUCUGCUGGACAACUUCAUCGGUCCCAUCACGGACUUUCCCUACGCCGUGAACAGCGUCAUCGAGGCAUACAUUUCGCUCGCGCGCAUUCAGAAUUGCUUUUUUCCGCCGACGCCGCGGGCGCGGCCUCUUCCGCCCCCAUUCGCGAACGACGCGACUCGCUUGGAGUCUGGAAGUCCGCGAAACAGCGGGCGGCGCACGGGCGACAAAAUCAAGCUAAGCGCGGGAGGCGACGACGAAGACUCGCCGCUGCUGUGGGCGGAGGCUGAAGGCCUCCUGCGAAAGGGAGGGCGCGACAGACUCCUCAUUUCCCCAGGCGUGCGAGCGGCUGCAGCGGACAUGCUUGAAGCUUUGGAGAGCGAUCCCGAGGUUGAGGUGAUUUUUUCUUCGGCGUCGUUCGCCUGGCUGCCGCACACGACGUCGCCAUUUUCUCCGCCGCCGCCGUUCCCCGCGCCGGCUCAGGUCUUUGACUUUUCGCAGCAGACCUGCGGGACUCCAGAGGCCCGCGGCGGCGCGGAAUCGCCCGCGGCGCUCUCGCGUCUGCCGCAGGUCUUCCUGCUUCCCCCCCCCGACGCCUCAUCCGUCGGCGCGCCGACGCUUUGCGACCUUUCGUUUCGCCUGCGGCGCGGCGAGCUGCUGCUCUUGACUGGACCGCCAGGCUGCGGGAAGUCUUCAGUCCUGCAUGCGCUGCUGCAGCAGAGGGAACUCCAGCUGGUCCAGGGUUCGAUGUUCAUCAAGGCCGCCCUCGGCGUCUCGCUGAGAGACGCGAAGGCGGGCGCGGCGGAGCCCAGCGCGGGGACGGCGUGCGCGACCGCCUACAGCAAGUCGCUGACGACGGACGACACGCCACCGAUCGGCUACAUCGCCCAGGAGCCGUGGCUGCAGAUCGGCACCAUCAAGGAGAACAUCGUUUUCAAUCAGGAGCUGGACGAAGAGCUCUACCGGCGCGUGGUGCAGGCCUGCGAGCUGCACCUCGACUUCGAGUCCUGGCCUGGGGGCGACGGGCGCUUCAUCGACGAGGGCGGCGCCGACCUCAGCGGCGGACAGCGCAUGCGGAUCACCAUGGCGCGGGCGAUCUACGUCAGCCUCGCGUACCGAGCGCGGGCGCGGGCGCAGGCCGCCUCCGUCGCCGCCCAGCUUGCCCGCCGCAAGGGCGAGCUCGCUGCGGAGCUGCGGCUCCUUCUGCGCGCAGGCGAGAACCCCGAGGGCGGCUCCGAGGCGCAGGCGCCCGCGCGCGAGGGAGCCGCCGGCGGUGCUGGCUGCAGCGAGGCGCGAGAGCUGUCUGCCACCGCAGAAGAAGUCUCGCAUCUGCUGUGCUUCGACGAGACCUUCAACUCGCUCGAUCCCUACGUGGCGGGGCGGAUCUUCGCGAACCUCUUUGGGCCCCAGGGCCUCCUGGGGGACGCGGCGGUGAUCGUCGGCGCCAGUGAGCAGUCGCUCUCGGGGCUCGUUGAACAGAUGAACGGGGGGGGAGAGACGGAUGCCGCUGCGGGCGACGCUCACGUGCGCAUGUCGAUCUGCUGUCUCCUCGAUGGCCAAAUCGUCUGGAGGGGCGCCAUCCACGACUUCCGCGACCGCAUGCGCGAGAGCGCGCCGCCCGGGGUCGGUGCAGCUGCGGCGCCAGGGACGGGGAAGAAUGCGUCGAACGAAGAUGCCGGCGACGCAACGUCUCAAGAGGAAACUAUCGAAGGCAUGCUCCGCGGGUUGGAACUGGAGCCCAGUUCCUUCUCGACUCCGUCGCCUGAAGGCGAGGCUGCCGAGGGCAAGAAGGAAGUCGACGACAUGCUGAAAAGCCUCAUGGUGAAUGAACAGGAGGCCAGCGGCCAGGUCAAACUCGUCUCCUACACCUGGUACCUGCGCCGCGUCGGCGUCUUGGUGACGAUCGCCUUUUUCCUGCUGUACGCCGCGGCGGUGGGCACGGACUUUGCGAGUGACCUCUGGAUCGCGCAGUGGACGGGCCGCACGCCUGCGAGCCGCCCACCCUACGCGGCGAAGGAGAAGCCGACAGAGCAGACGAUGGAGGGCAUGGGAAGCGUCCGCUCGGAAGAAAAAAAAAUCACCGAGGCCGAGAAACAGGCCGCCGGCGCGCUCUACGGCGACGAGCGGAUGAUGGGCGACGGCGGCAAACCCCCCAGCGAGCGCCACGGCAUCGGCGCAAACCUCUCAAACGCCUUCUACCUCUGGUUCUACGUCGGGUUGGCGUCGGCGAACGUCCUCUUCGAGCUGCUGAUGAAGCUGGCGGGCGCGAAGGGCUCGCUUAACGCCGCGCGGCUGAUGCACAAUAGGCUGCUGAACGUGAUUUGCACUGCGCCGCUCUGGUUCUACGAUCAGAACCCGAUAGGCCGCAUUCUGAAUCGCCUCUCCACCGACAUCGCGAUCGUUGACGCGGGCAUCUUCAAGCGCAUGGGCCUCGUGCUUGGCGCCUUCCUGAACUGCGUGCUCGGCCUCGGCGUGCUGGCGGUCACCACCUUCUGGGCGCUGCCGGUGCUCCCCAUUCUGCUGCUGGGCGUCUACUACCUCGUCUUUCGGUACUACCGCGCGACAUGCCGCGAAGUUCAGCGCGCGUCGCUGAUCUCGUUUUCUCCGCUCUGCUCAUCCUUCAGCGAGUGCCUGAGCGGCCGCGACACCAUCUUCGCUCUGCGCCGGAAGCGCGUCGUUUGCGAGAAAAACCUCGAUCAAGUCGAAAACUCGCAGCGCACCAAAAUGCUGCACUGGGGCUCGAGCUCCUGGGCAUCUAUCCGCCUGCAGCUUCUCACCUUCCCGCUGGCGGUGCUGAACGCGAUCGUCCCCCGCGCGGUGGCAUACGUGCAGCUGCCGGCGCUGGCGCCCGUCGCGGGAGGCUCCAGCAGCUCGUCCGCGCACGCCGGGUACUUGGGGCUGGCCCUCUCUUACUCGCUGUCGGUCGCCUCCUCCCUGCGGCGUCUCCUGAUCCACUACGCACACCUCGAGAAAGAAAUGUGUUCUGUCGAGCGCGUGCACGAGUACAUUUCUUGCACAGGGAAGAUGACCCCGGACACGGUCGCGGUGUGGGAUUCGGGGCUGCAGCCGUCGUCGACCCACACGGACUCGCUGUCGUCCUCCUCCAGCACGCCUGGGACUUCCACGCCGCCCGCGGCGGGGCGGUCGCGGCAGACGAGUGGAAGGAGCUCGUUCGCUCAAAGCAGCGCGUCAGACUCGGCGUUUCCUUUCUUGCCGCUGCAGCGCAAAGGCCUGCAGCUUGUCGAAGUCGACAUCCGCUACCGGCGCCCCGGGUUCCAGUACGUGAGGCAGCUGCGCGAGAGCCUCGAGGCGCGGCUGGAGGCCGCCCGCGCGCGCGACGGCAAGGCAGCGGACUCUGCGGACGAUGAGGCUGACGCCACGUUGCCCUUUCUGCAAGGUCACCCCGCCACCGAGAAAGAAAUGGGCAGACAAGUCCGCGAGAUCCAGAACGCCGUCGAGGACCUGAAACGCGGCGACGAAGCGAUCUUCCUCUCCCCCAGCCUCCACCGACUCUCUGCGCGCGUAGGCGCCACGCACCACGUCGGGGUCGUCGGCCGAACGGGCUCAGGCAAGUCAACGCUGCUGCAAGCGUUGACGGGCCUCGUACCGUGCUACAGAGGCGCUAUUCUUCUGGAUGGUAUCCGCAUCGACUGCCUGCCGAAGCAAGUCCUGAAGCAAGUCGUCGGCGUCCUGCCGCAGAACCCGGUUGUCUUCAAAGGCAUGACGGUUCGCGACGUUAUGGACCCGCGGCGUCAACACACCGACGAUGAGUUGUGGGCGGCGCUAGACGAAGUGGGCAUCUCGGCGGUGAUUCAGUUUCUGCCUGGCGGGAAGCAGCUCGACACAGUCGUCGCGCCGGACGAGGCUGUGCAGCUGGAACUGGAGAGUGCGGACGAGAAAGGGGCGCGCAGCAAGGCGCGGAUGAUCAGCCCCGAGGGCCCUGUGCUGCGGCGCAGGAGCCUCAUCCGCUCGUCUGUCAGUCUGGGGGGGGGAGCAGAGCGGGACGGCCUCUCUCGGCGAGGUUCCUCCUUUGCGUCAGAGCGAUCCGAGGAGCCGGCGUCCUCCCACCCGCUCUCCGACGUCCAGCUGCGCUACCUCGCGCUCGCCCGAUUGGUUCUUCGCGCAGCGUCGUAUCGCCUCAUCCUCGUCGAUGAGCCUCCCGCGGAGACCUUGGGGCAGCUCCACGCGGAGGCCGAAGAGACGCGGUCGCGGUCGAUUCGCGACGGCGAGGGCGACGGCCCCCAGCGUCAGUCCAGUGCCGCAAGCGCGCGCGCGGCGCCCGCCAUGCGCCAGUACAGCUCCCACACGGGGUUUACCCCGAUUCCGCAGCUCAUCCGUCGCGUCUUUGCACACUGCACUGUGUUUAUCGUCGCGCACCACGUGGCUUCGCUGCGGACCUGCGACCGCGUCUGGCUCAUGUGGAAGGGCUGGAAAAUCGGCGAGUGCUCUCCCGACGAAAUAAAAACCGACAAGCAACUCGCAGAAGUCAUGGUGAGACAGGUAAACCAGUGGAGAUUGCAGCGGAGACGGGACUGCGGCGCGACGGACGACUUAGGGGCAGGGCCCUAA